AUGGCGAACAAAGCAGACCAACCGCCCACAGGCCUGGAGCCCGUUAUCCACGGUAGCACUCUAGUUUCGGUGGCUCCGCAUAUUGCUUUUGACACCGAGAAAGAGAAGGUCGAACAGCACAGUAUGCUUGAAGCUGUUCAGUCAAAUGUCACCGCCGAGGACAAGGAUGCUCAAAGAGCAAACUCCAUCGAAGCACUCGGCAUACCAGAUUGGGAGGCAAAGCAGAAGAAGUUACGCCAGCUUAACAUUCGUGAUAGUCAAGCGCGCCUCGACGAUGAUUUCGAAGAGACAUUACAGCUCGGGAAUACGGACUACAGCACAGCUGUUGCACUUCUCACGGUUGGUUACAUGUUGGCCCAACUACCUUCGAACAUGCUUAUCACCCGUGUGCGACCUGCCAUCUAUUUGCCACUAUGUGCGUUUUUGUGGUCCGGUGUCUCUGCGGCGACCGCAGGUGUCACCAGUGCAAAUCAACUCUUCGCGGUGCAAUUUGUUCUUGGUAUAAUCGAAGCUCCUCUUUUCCCAGGCGCAGUGUAUUUGAUGUCCUGCUGGUACACGCGUAGCGAACUUGCACUUCGCACCGCGUUGCUUUACUCUGGUCUCGUUCUAGCUCAGGCUUUCAGCGGACUCAUCGCUGCUGGUGUCUUUAGUGGUAUGAAGGGACUCGCGGGCAUAGCUGGAUGGCAAUGGCUAUUUAUCCUCGAGGCAGCAAUGAGUGCUUUUUUUGCGAUAACUGCCUUCUGGAUUCUGCCGAAUUAUCCCCACUCAAAGAAUGGAUCAGCCAUGUGGUCGAUGACCGAAGAUAUGCGUCGAAUCGCAAUUGCGCGCAUCGAAGCUGAUCGUGUCGAGGACGCUACCGACUCAACAGUCUGGCAAGGUCUGCGUCUUGCACUUACAGACGUCAAAACCUACAUCUUCAUCUUCAUGAAUAUCUUCAUGACUUCAUCCUACGGCUUCAACAACUUCUUCCCAACCAUGGUUCGUGGCUUUGGCCUCGGCUCCAGCACUAUCGCCCUCGUCCUGACCGCUCCACCUUACAUCUUGGGUACUGCUGUCUCCUUCUUCGUCGCAUGGAAUUCCGACCGCAAGAAGGAACGUGGGUUUCAUAUCAUGGCAAACAACUGCAUCUCAAUCGUUGGCUUCAUCAUCUCCGUCGCCACACUCAACACCGCAGCACGCUACACCGCCGCCUUCCUCUACACCUCAGGCAGUUUCUCCGCUAAUGCCCUCGUAUAUACAUGGGCCGUCAGCUCCCUGUCCCAAACGCCCGAGAAGCGAGCGGCCGGCGGCGCGAUUGUGAAUAUCUGUGGUCAUCUCGGAAACGUGAUGAGUCCGUACUUCUUCCCGGAUUCGGACAGACCGAGAUAUACAAUGGCGAUGAUUCUGCAGAUUGUGUUUGCGGCACUCACGUUUUGCAUGGCGUUUGGAAGCAAGACGUACCUGAAGAGGCAGAACAAGAAGUUGAAGAGCGUUAGCGACGAGACUGGGCGCAUAUACAAUCCGUUCACGACGUAA